AUGUCUGAUAUGUGUGGGUGGAUGUAUCAUCAUCAUUUUUAUAUUGUUAACAUGGUUGAAGAUGAUUUUGUUUCUUGGUCAGUGCUUUUAUGUUUUCAUAAAUUUCGAAACUCCGUCGUCAAAGUUUUUAGUCCUCAAUUUGAAAGAUUAUCGUUGUUUAUUUGUGGAUGGCAUAGCAAAGUGAAUGGAACGAAGUUCGACAUUGCUUCAAAUUCUCUCAUCAAUGUGCUCAGUCAUCAGUCAAGAGCGAAGGGAAACAUUUGUAAAUUGCAUUUGAAAAUCAUCACAGGUUUCUCAGUUCCCAGAGUAAGUGAGUUGAACAAUAAAUCUCUUUCCUAUCUUGUUGAAAACAUGGAAACAGAAAAUAAAGAAGAAAUUUCUUGCAUUGUUAAAGCACACAGCACACAGGGGAGCAUAAAACUUCAACUUCAUCAUCAUUCAACAAAUUAG